AUGGCCGCGCAAGGAGCGGCGGGCGGGAGCGGGGAUGGGAGGCAGAGGCCGGGCAAGGGGACGCAGGUGGUACUCCUCCGGCACGGGAUGAGCACGUUCAACAAGCUCAACAUUUUCACGGGAUGGUGCGACGUGCCGCUGACGGAGGAGGGGAGGCAGGAGGCCCUCGAGGCGGGCAAGCUUCUCGCCGCGGCAGGCUUCCGCUUCGACGUCGCCCACGCCUCCGUCCUCAAGAGGGCCUGCACUUCCCUGCACCGCCUCCUCGACGGCUGCGGUCAGCCCUAUGUCCCCGUCAAAACGAGCUGGCGGCUUAACGAGAGGCACUACGGAGCGCUCCAGGGGAGGAACAAAGCCACCCUGGAGGAAGCGAUGGGCGAAGUCGUGGUCGAGUGGAGACGGGGGUACGGGGUCAGGCCUCCUCCGAUGACCGACACCCACCCGCACUGGCCCCUCAUCAGCCUCGACUCGCGCUACCGAGGGCUCAAGGUGCCGCAGUCGGAGAGCCUGCGGGAUACGGCCAAUAGGGUGAUGGAGUACUGGGAGUCUGACGUUGUGCCGGACAUUAGGGCGGGGAAGAGAGUGAUCGUUGUGGCGCACGCGAACACCCUCCGAAGUCUAGUCAAGAGGCUGGACGACGUUGAAGAAGACGCUAUCCGAAACGUCAACAUCCCGACGGGUGAGCCGUUCGUGUACGACUUUGACGCGGACCUGAAGCCGAUCGGGGAGCCGGACGAGCACGGCUUCCGCGGCCGCUUCGUGGGAGACCUGAUGGCGGAGAAGGACGCCGCCGUCAACGAGUACAAGCGGCGAGAGGAGGCCUGCCACACCAAGUGGGAAGAGAACCCGGAAGCCGUACCGGAGGAGUGCUGGUGCAUGGAGGACCUCCUCGAGGAGUCCGACAACCCCGCCCAGCUCUCGUCGCUGCCGCCGCCGCCGGUGUCCUCGCGGUUCGGGGAAGACCAGGCCUCCCUCGGCCUGGACCGCUACUCCGUAGGCUACGACCUCCCGCUCCCGCCGAUGCGCGGGUCAAUCCCCGCAUCCGUGGGGGGUGACCCGACGGCCAGGGUCGCCGGUGGGCCGGUGCUGGAGGACGUAGGCGGCCUCCUCGUGGAGACGAUGAAGGAUCUGGCAGCAACCGGGGGCGCGGGCGCCGCGGGGGAGGUGGAGGAGGGGUCCGACCGGAACGAGACGGUCUCGUCGUCUGCUGCUGCUUCGCUGUGAAUCGGUCGCGGCAACAAGCGGCGGUAACUGCUGCUUCGCCGUGAGUCGGUCGCGGCAAAGCGGCCGUAAUUUUGUACAUGUGCGCAACGGCCAAGCGAGAGGGUUGUUGUUGUUGUUGUUGUUGUCGACGUCGUUGCUGCUACUGCUGCUGCUCUGAUCCCGCGAUCUCGUCCGUUCCGCGCUUGCUGUGGUGGAUGUGCCGGUGCCGGUGCCGGUGCCGGUGUUGGGUCGUCCGCCGCGGUGCAGCAUCCAGCAAGCGAGUGUCGGUUCUUGGCUUGGCCGCCUCCGCGGGGGUUGGC